CUCGGGAAGACCGCGCCAAAGCUCAGAGAGCGGCCACUCUUCGGGAGGAGAAGACAUCGCGGAGGACCUUUAAACGCACUCUACGCUUCACACACACACACACACACACACACACACAACGGAGAGUUCGUGUUUUGGUUUUUCGAAAACACCGCAGAGGACUGUUUUGUGUUUUUCUUCCGUCGGACGUACUUGAGUCGAGACGCAGAAGUGCAUUUUAUUUUUCAUUUUUUUAAAUUUAAAUGCCGGUUUUCGGGGGAGCGGUGGACGACUUCACGGUCGUGACACGACUUUGACGGGCGCGGUGCGGCGGAGCUGGCGCACUGCCGGACUGGGAAUCUAUCGAGAAGACCCACCGAUUUCACUUUUUUUUUUGUUGUUGUUUCUCUCGCUCUCCUCGCCACCGACAUCUGCUCUUCGGACUCGACGGGGAUCGCGUACGGCGACUGAUUUUUUUGUUUGUUGUUGUUGUUCUUCCUUUUUUUCUUCAUCCGCUCGAAUAUGUUGCUGUCAAAGUUUGGUUCCUUUUCGCACAUUUGCCCCUCGAGCAUGGACCACCUACCAGUGAAGAUACAGCUGCAGCCCGUCAAAGUGGAGAAGGAGCCCUUCGAGAAGGUUUACCAGGUGGGAUCGGUGCUGGGCAGCGGGGGCUUCGGGACGGUCUACGCCGGCAGCCGGAUCUCUGAUGGCGCACCGGUUGCUGUGAAACAUGUUGCGAAGGAGAGGGUGACCGAGUGGGGCACGAUUAACGGAUCUAUGGUGCCUCUGGAGAUCCUGCUGCUGAAGAAGGUCAGCUCGACGUUCCGCGGCGUCAUCAAGCUGCUGGACUACUACGAGCGCGCCGACGGCUGGCUCAUCGUCAUGGAGCGGCCGGAGCUCGUCAAGGACCUGUUCGACUUCAUCACGGAGAAGGGCGCGCUGGACGAGGAGGCGGCGCGCGGCUUCUUCCGCCAGGUCGUGGAGGCGGUGCGCCACUGCUACAGCUGCGGCGUGGUGCACAGGGACAUCAAGGACGAGAACCUGCUCGUGGACCUGCGCACCGGCGAGCUCAAGCUCAUCGACUUCGGCUCGGGGGCGAUCCUCAAGGACACGGUGUACACCGAUUUCGACGGCACGAGAGUCUACAGCCCGCCCGAGUGGAUCCGCUUCCACAGAUACCACGGCCGCUCGGCGACGGUGUGGUCGCUAGGCGUGCUGCUGUACGACAUGGUGUGCGGAGACAUCCCCUUCGAGCAGGACGAGGAGAUCCUCCGGGGGCGACUGUACUUCAGGAGGCGGAUUUCAGCCGAGUGCCAGCAGCUGAUCAAAUGGUGCCUGGCCCUGCGGCCCUCAGACCGACCCACCCUGGAGCAGAUUUGCGACCACCCCUGGAUGAGGGCGGCGGCCGAAUCGCCCAAGUCCCCGGAGGAGCCGGUGGCCGGCGACAUCCGCCUCAGGACCAUCGACACAGACUCUUCGUCAAGCACAAGCUCAAGCAAGGAGAGCCUCUGAGGGCAACUCUGACAGACUGAAAAGACUUUUUCCUCGGGGAAAGAAGGGGGGUGGGGUUGGACGGGAGCGACACAGACUCAAGGCCAGCAGCCUGUAGCCCAAAUGGCCCAUCAGCGGCCUGGGCGCUUGACUCCACUGGCCCGGCAAGAAUAAUGUACUUUACGUCCCUCUUUUUGUAGGGAAUUUAUAAUUUAUUACUAUUUGUUCUUCCUUAUCUUAUUCCCCCCCCCCCCCCCCACCCUUGUUUUUUUUUCUUUUUUUUUUUUCCUUAAUUUGAUUAUACUUGUUUCCUAAUGGGGAACAUUUUGCUGUUGGGGCGGUCUUACCAGCACUGUUAAACCCCUCCCCCUUAUUUUACUUGUUUUGUUACGAGGCUGGUAUAUUCAGCUGGCAAGGCCCUCCUAUUCAGGCAAGGCUGCUCUCAUAGAGCUUGGAGAAAAAUCUUUUUAUUUAAAUGUUUUAAUUUUGAUUUUGGAGUGCCUUUUUUUGGGAAAGCUGCUUUCAUGGGAGCUUUUGUCAAUAACUGUUUUUUUUAAAUAUUUUUUGGGAUUUGCCUGGGGCCUGGUGGUUAAGUUGCCUGUGCUUUGAUGGAAGGAGGGGUUUAGGCUUCUUUUUUUUGUUGUUGAGUUUUUCCCCCUCCUCUCCAUCACUGUAAACCAACCAGCCCCCGGCUGAGAGGCUGUGAUAGCAUUAGAUACGAGAGAAGGAGAUGGGGGCUCUUCCCGACAAUGGAAUACUUGAAACACACUCGACUCUACUCUGCGUCACUCUCUUUAAAGCUGCUCACUCACUCUAUAGCCUGAACAGGUGUUUGGAAACUGGAUCCUGUCUUUUCUGAAUGUCACCACACACACACACACACACCUCCCCCCACCUUUUUCUCCCUCUCCCUCCCUCCCAUGCCUGACGUGGGGUGUGUGGCCCUUGCGACUUAUCUUUUUCUUUUUGCCUCCCGCCAUCUCACUGCUUAACACUACAUGGCCCCUGCCCCUGGUCUCCCUCAGGGUUCGGGGUGUGAAAUGCACAAUCAAUGCAAUAUUCAUGGAUUCAAUUAUGUAUUUUUGUUUUUGUUUUUUUUAUUAAACAAAUAUUGUACAGCGUGUAUUUUUUUUUCUUUUAGUGUGUAUAUUUUUUUUUUCUCCUCCUUUGCAUUAAUUUAUUUGUAAACAUGUAGACAUUCCACACUCUGUGGCUAUUUAUUUAUUUAUUGUCUUCGCUUAAACCCCCCCCCCCCCCUAAAAAUUUGCAUAUCCUACUUGGCCUUUGGUUUGCAUUCCUAUAACUUAUUUCUACAUUUCAACAUGUUUUUUUUAAUUUUUAUUUUAGAUGUGGAGGAUGCACUGAAGCGGUUGUCCAUGUAAAACAGAAUAAAACGAGUUUACUUAAAUUUGAAAAGAGCAUUUGAAUGUUAUUUAAGUACUUUUGAGAAGUCCAGCAGUGUCGACUGGGGCUACGCAUCGACGGCAUCCAUCUGGUUUCUGUACUUGUCUACGAUUCACCCAGUUCUAUGGAAAGCAAAAAGGAACGGGUCGAACGGCUUUCGUAUUGGUCACAUAGCCUUGUAUCGAAGACCCCCUUCGGUUUAGCCGUGUGACUUGUGGCUGUGAAGUGUGGAUAAUGCUAUUUUUUGAUACAGAAGUUUCAAUUAAACUCCCAUUUUUAUGUACAGAA